UUUUAUCUGCAAUUAGAUCAUGAUUAGCAAUCACAGUGCACAGGUUUUUAAGGUAACAGAAGAUAAAGUACAAGCAGAUGAUCAGUUUAAAUGUCUAGAACUAGAAGAUUAAAUCAUUGUAACUGGUUGAUUGAUUCAUUCACAUGGGUUGACCAUGAUCUAUAGUAUAAAAAAAAAACAGCAAAAUUAUUAUCAUAUAUACUAUCCCUGAAAACACAUUCUCUCCAUGUUUAAGUGUCUGAUAGAUUUCCAAUGAGUCCAAAGCUUUACAGUCAGUCAGUGCAGAUUAUUAGCUGGUUCAGAUCCCAAGAGCCCACGUAAACACAAUUAAAUUUAAACAUUAGUUACUCAUUAAUUAUAACAAGCUUGAUGUCUCUUACUUAGCUUCUCUCUUGCUUUGCUGCAGUCUUCUUCUUCUUCUUCUUCUUCUUCUUCUUCUACUUCUGCUGCUGCUGCUGCUGUUAGAGCUGAAAAAUGUCGCAUAACUAGAAGGAAAGAACAUAAUAUACUAUCAAGGACAAGAAAAUGAAAACCCAAUUUCUUUUCUUUUUCUGUUUCAUUGGUCUUUCUCUUGUUUUUAUUGAGGGAGCUCAAAUUAUACAGUAUGGUGACGAAUUGGCAACUCUACUGUCGAUUAAAUCUAGCCUGAUUGAUUCCUCGAAUCACCUCAAGGAUUGGAAAAUGCCAAGAAAUUUAGAUGACAAUCAUUCACCUCAUUGUAAUUGGACUGGGAUCUGGUGCAACUCCAAAGGCCUUGUCGAGAAGCUUGUUCUCUUCAACAUGAGUCUCAGUGGCAAUGUAUCAGAUCAUAUUCAAGGCCUGCGUGAUCUUUCUGUUCUUGAUAUUUCCUGUAAUGAGUUUGCUUCUUCAUUGCCAAAAUCAUUAGGUAAUCUUACUUCACUGGAGAGUAUAGAUGUGAGUCAGAAUAACUUUAUUGGCAGCUUUCCUACUGGUCUCGGAAGAGCCUCAGGAUUAACUUCAGUCAAUGCAUCAAGCAACAACUUUUCGGGACUUCUUCCUGAAGAUCUUGGUAAUGCAACAUCACUCGAAAGCUUAGAUUUCCGAGGGAGUUUCUUUGAAGGUUCAAUUCCUAUUUCUUUCAAGAAUCUGCAGAAAUUGAAGUUUCUUGGUCUUUCUGGCAAUAAUCUGACUGGAAAGAUACCAAUAGAGAUUGGACAACUUUCUUCUCUAGAGACUAUAAUUCUUGGAUAUAAUGAUUUCGAAGGCGAGAUCCCAGCGGAGAUUGGCAACCUAACCAAUCUUCAGUAUCUUGACUUGGCAGUUGGCACUCUCAGUGGUCAAAUUCCGGUGGAAUUGGGCAGGCUGAAAAAACUUACAACUAUCUAUUUGUAUAAGAACAAUUUUACGGGAAAGAUUCCACCAGAACUUGGCAACAUUGCAUCACUACAGUUUCUGGAUCUUUCUGAUAAUCAGAUUUCAGGAGAGAUCCCAGUGGAGAUAGCAGAACUGAAGAAUUUGCAGCUCUUGAAUUUGAUGUGCAACAAGCUGACAGGUCCAAUUCCAAGCAAGAUUGGUGAGUUAGCCAAAUUAGAGGUACUUGAGCUAUGGAAGAAUUCUUUGACAGGGCCUUUACCCAAGAAUCUUGGAGAGAACUCACCAUUGGUUUGGUUAGAUGUGUCGUCGAAUUCAUUAUCCGGUGACAUUCCGCCUGGUUUAUGUCAAUUUGGGAAUCUCACUAAACUCAUUCUCUUCAAUAAUUCCUUCUCAGGUCCAAUUCCUGUAGGUCUUUCCACCUGCAAAUCCUUAGUCCGUGUUCGAGUCCAAAACAACCUCAUUUCUGGAACAAUUCCCGUUGGCUUUGGAAGUCUGCCAAUGCUUGAAAGGCUAGAACUGGCCAACAACAAUCUUACUGGUGAAAUAUCAGAUGAUAUUGCUAUCUCUACUUCACUUUCUUUCAUUGACAUAUCCCGAAACCGCCUCGAUUCAUCUCUCCCUUAUAACAUCCUCUCCAUUCCUAAGCUUCAGAUAUUCAUGGCCUCCAACAACAACUUGGUAGGCAAAAUCCCAGACCAGUUCCAAGAUUGCCCAUCACUUAUACUGCUUGAUCUUUCACGCAAUUAUUUCUCUGGCACACUUCCAGGUAGCAUUGCUUCAUGCGAAAAGCUUGUGAAUCUGAACCUUCAAAACAAUCAGCUUACAGGAGAAAUCCCAAAAGCAAUCUCAACAAUGCCCACAUUAGCCAUUCUUGACCUGUCUAACAAUUCUUUAAUUGGUCAAAUCCCAAAGAAUUUUGGGAGUUCACCAGCUUUGGAAAUGGUCGACCUAUCAUUCAAUAGGCUUGAGGGUCCAGUUCCCGCUAAUGGAAUUUUAAUGACCAUAAAUCCUAAUGAUCUCAUUGGAAAUGCCGGUCUUUGUGGUGGCAUACUUCCCCCAUGUGCUGCAAGUGCUUCAACACCAAAGCGAAGAGAGAAUCUGCGCAUUCAUCACGUAAUUGUCGGGUUCAUCAUCGGAAUCUCAGUGAUUUUAUCUCUAGGUAUUGCAUUUGUAACUGGGAGAUGGUUGUAUAAAAGAUGGUACUUGUAUAACAGUUUCUUUUAUGACUGGUUUAAGAAGAGCAGCAAAGAAUGGCCAUGGAUACUAGUCGCAUUCCAGCGAAUCAGUUUCACUAGCAGUGAUAUUCUUUCUUGCAUAAAGGAAUCAAAUGUAGUUGGCAUGGGAGGGACAGGUAUUGUUUACAAGGCUGAAGUUAAUCGGCCACACGUAGUUGUGGCAGUUAAGAAGCUAUGGAGAACAGACACAGACAUUGAAAAUGGCGAUGAUUUAUUCGCAGAAGUGAGCCUUUUGGGGAGGCUUCGACAUAGAAACAUCGUGCGGUUGUUGGGAUAUCUGCACAAUGAAACAAAUGUAAUGAUGAUAUAUGAAUACAUGCCUAAUGGAAAUUUAUGGUCAGCUUUGCAUGGUAAAGAAGCUGGAAAGAUUUUGGUUGAUUGGGUCUCAAGGUAUAAUAUAGCAGCAGGAGUUGCACAAGGGCUGAAUUAUCUCCACCAUGAUUGUAAUCCGCCGGUUAUCCACCGUGAUAUCAAGUCCAAUAAUAUAUUGCUUGAUGCAAAGCUAGAGGCAAGGAUAGCAGAUUUUGGAUUGGCAAGGAUGAUGGUUCACAAGAAUGAGACAGUAUCAAUGGUGGCAGGAUCUUAUGGAUACAUUGCACCAGAAUAUGGAUACACUUUGAAGGUUGAUGAGAAGAGUGACAUAUACAGUUUUGGUGUUGUACUUUUGGAGCUUCUAACAGGGAAAAAGCCUCUAGAUCCUGCAUUCGGAGAAUCCACUGACAUAGUUGAAUGGAUGCAGAGAAAGAUUAGAAGCAACAGACCAUUAGAGGAAGCAUUAGAUCCCAGCAUUGCAGGACAGUGCAAACAUGUGCAGGAAGAGAUGCUUCUUGUUCUCCGAGUAGCAAUUCUUUGUACUGCAAAGAACCCUAAGGACAGACCAUCUAUGAGGGAUGUCAUAACAAUGCUUGGAGAAGCAAAACCAAGAAGGAAAAGCAUUUGUCACAAUGGAGUACAUAACCCUAGUAAAGAGAAGCAAGUGUUUAGCAACUCGCCCGUAAUAGGCCUUCUGUAGAAACAAGUUCUUCAAAAUUGCUGCUUCAUAUGUAAUUUUUCAAUUUUAUGUAAAUCUUAUUUGUUAGAACUGAAUUGUUUCUCGAGCUCAGUUGAAAGUAUAAACCUCAUUACAUGUUGAUAUGAAUUCCCCCUGUUUUUCCA